GAAUUUAUGAAUAAUGUAAAUUUCUCAAAUUGGAUUGUAAUUUCACAGUUCACUACAUUGUAAUGGUGAACAAACCAUUGUAAGUUAUGCGUUCCGUGCAAUUUUCGCCCACUUUUUGUUGCAGCAUUUUCAAGUAUCUGAAAAACGAAUCCAUCUGCAAAUUACGGCACAAAGGAUUCAAAGGGUACAAUUGUAUUGGCAGAAUCUCGCAACGCAGUCGAAGAAUAACUACAUCAAUUCGUUGGUUGAAAGUGGAUGAUGGACCAGAACCAAUGUACGACAAAGUGAAUUCAGGAUAUCAAGUUUUCCGCUCAAACACCAAUUUUUCAUUUCACCUUGGUGGACAAAUUCCUGAUCUUGUUUUGGCUUAUGAAACAUGGGGUGAACUUAAUGAAAGAAAAGACAACGUGAUUUUAUUGUUUACUGGACUUUCACCUUCUUCUCAUGCUAGAAGUCACCAGAAGAAUACAAAUCCUGGAUGGUGGGAGGCUUUCAUUGGUCCGGGAUGUGCUUUAGAUACAAACAAGUUUUUCGUUAUAUGUGUUAAUGUCAUUGGUGGUUGCUAUGGUUCGAGCGGACCUGCCUCCAUAAAUCCCACUACAGGAAAGCACUAUGGGACAACUUUUCCUUGUGUAAGUGUACAAGACAUCGUCACGUCCCAGUUCCUUUUACUGGAUCAUCUUGGAAUUGAUAAGAUUCAUGCCAGUGUAGGCUCAUCGUUGGGUGGCAUGUCUUCGCUAAUGGCUGCUGCAAUGUUUCCUGAAAAAGUGAAACGGGCCGUGUCCAUUUCAUCGUGUGCUCGGUCCCAUCCUUCCUCCAUUGCGAUGCGAUACAUUCAAAGACAAAUAUUGAUGAGUGAUCCCAAUUGGAACGACGGAUUUUAUUAUGAUGGCCCGUUUCCCAUGCUGGGAAUGAAAAAUGCCAGAUCGCUUGCUACCAUUAGCUAUCGUAGUGGCAGUGAAUGGGAAGAAAGAUUUGGUAGAAAGAAAAUAGAGAAGCCUGCAGAUGGUUCUAACCCCCCUUGUAUUUUUAAUGCAGAUUUUCUGAUCGAAGGCUAUCUGGAUCACCAAGGCGAAAGCUUUUGUCUCAAGUAUGAUCCCAAUUCGAUGUUGUAUAUUUCAAAGGCAAUGGACCUUUUUGAUUUAGCGGAAGGAUAUGACUCCUUAGUUGAUGGUGUUUCCCGGAUAAAAUGUUCUGUACUGGUUAUGGGUGUGCAGUCCGACAUUCUUUUCCCGUACCAACAGAGACAAUUAGAUGAACUGUUAAAGGAAUCAGGAAAUGAUUCGGUCACAUAUUAUGAACUACCGUCAAUAUUUGGUCAUGAUACGUUUCUUCUUGACGUCAACGCUAUCGCAGCGGCUAUCAAGGGUCAUCUUGAGACAGAUUUGUCGUUCGCUGGAAAGAAAUCACGGAACUAAAAGCAGAAAUAAUUUUUUUAAUGACAGGUUUCUUAGAAAUGAAAGGUAACGGUCGGCUUGUGUAUAAUGGUCUAUCGGUGAAUACUUUAUCGGAAAUUUUUUCAAGACGCUCUGGCAGUGGCACUUCACAAAUUCCACCAAAUUUUGGACAAUAAAGAACAAUUCAUUCGCUUUGAUUUUAUCGAAUAUGGCAAGUAAUUUGUAAAAAUCGUGGCGGCGAUGCUUUAUUGCUAAAAUAUGAAAUAGUUGAUGUAUAAUUAUUUAUUCUGAUUGGUUUGGUGUACAUUGAAAAUAUAUUGUUAAAUUGAAGUAA